UCCCUUGCCCAAACUGUGUGUUUGCAUCUCAACCCAAAGUUGUGGGGAAGCACUUCAGAAUGUUUCAUGCGCCUGUUCGGAAAGUCCAGAACUACACAGUGAAUAUUUCAGCAUGAAGAAGCAUGUGCUAGUGGCCCAUUUUCACCACUUAAUUAACUCCUACUUUGGCCUGCGGACAGAGGAAGUGGGUGAGCAGCCGAAGGCUAACGACACUCUUUCUACUGAGAAGAUCCCACCACCUGACAGGUAUUACUGUAAAAAGUGCAAUGCCAAUGCCAGCAGCCAGGAUGCUUUAAUGUAUCAUAUUUUGACAUCAGAUAUACACAGAGAUUUGGAGAAUAAGCUUAGAUCUGUGAUUUCAGAACAUAUUAAAAAAACGGGACUUUCGAAGCAAAUGCAUAUUGCUCCAAAACCAGCUUCAAGUUUGGCCAUACCAUCCAACAGUUGUGCUCCUGGCAUUUCGGCCACAUCGCCUUGCUUUCAUCUUGCCUUGCCACAGAGCAAUCAAAGCCGAGCUGCAGUGCCGCCAGUUCAGGGCACAGGUCAGCCAGUGACUGGGCCUUCUGGAAGCCUCACCCACUCUCCCCCCACCAUGGCCCAGCCCCAAGUGGCUCUAGUCUCCAGUGCUCUGCCGGUGGGUCAGAAUAGCAUUGCUCUACAGCCAUCCACACCUCAGUCUGUCUUUGUUUCCCACGGCGUUCCACUUAAUCAGUCAGUGAACUCUGCUGUUUUACCCUUGAGUCAACCUGUUGGACCUGUAAAUAAGUCUGUUGGAACUGGCGUUCUCCCCAUCAGUCAGACCAUCCGUCCUGGGAUUUUACCCCUUCAUCAGCCUGUUGGGCCUGGAGUUCUUUCCGUCAGCAGGCCCAUGGGAUCUGGCGUCCUCCCGGUGAACCACUCUGUUCCCCCUGGGGUUCUACAGGCAGUCUCACCAGGGGUGAUUUCUGCAAGUCGGACAGGGCCGGCAGGUGUCCUUCCCGCAGGCCAGAUGACUCCUGCUGGGGUUAUCCCUUCAGGACAGACAGCUUCUUCUGGGGCCCUCCCUGCUGGCCAGGUGGUCCAGUCAGGGGUGCUCCCCAUUGGCCAGACAGCCCCGUCGGGCAUCCUCCCCGCUGGACUCACGGUGCCGUCGCGGGCUCUCCCUCCGGGCCAGACGGUCCCAUUGAGGGUCCUCCCCGCAGGUCAGAAGGCUUCCUCAGGGGUUCUCCCGGCAGGCCAGAUGGUCCCUUCAGGGCUUCUUGCUCCGAACCAGACAGUCUCAUCAGGUAUGCUGCCUGUGACCCAGAAUGUCAGUCCUGGCGUUCUUCAGCUCAGCCAGCCUGUAAUGUCAGGAGUUCUUCCCAUGGGCCAGCCUGUGAGGCCAGGGGUCCUGCAGGUGAAUCAGUCUGUUAAUACUGGCCUUCUGCCUGUGACUCAGCCAGUCAGAGCCGGUCCUUCGCAGAGUACCACUUUCCUGACCUCUGGCUCUAUUCUCAGACAGCUGAUACCAACAGGCAAACAGGUCAACGGGAUCCCGACGUACACACUUGCACCAGUGUCUGUCACUUUGCCUGUUCCACCUGGAGGCGUUGCCACUGUACCCCCCCCACAGGUGCCUAUCCAGCUCCUGCAGCCAGGGGCAGCUGCACAGAUAGCGAGUUCCACAGCAGGCAUGCACUCUGCCCCAGUAGUGGUCAGUGCCACUCAGAAUAUGUUCGUUCAGGCUUCCUCAUCUGUGUCAGAGGCAAAUCACGCGCUCAGACAGGCUAAGCAGUGGAAAACCUGUCCUGUUUGCAACGAGCUCUUUCCUUCCAAUGUCUAUCAGGUCCAUAUGGAAGUGGCUCAUAAACACAGUGAGUCCAAAGCUGGGGAAAGACUAGAACCUGAGAAACUUGCAGCUUGUGCACCAUUUCUAAAGUGGAUGAAAGAAAAGACGGUUUGGUGUCUCUCAUGUAAAUGCCUAGUGUCAGAGGAAGAGCUUAUCUAUCACUUGCUGAUGCAUGGCCUGGGGUGCUUGUUCUGCCCAUGUACUUUCCAUGACAUCAGGGGUCUUCUGGAACACAGCAGGACCAUGCAUCUGGGGAAGAAGAAGUUGCCUGUGGACUACAGUAACAGAGGCUUCCAGUUAGACAUUGAUGCUAACGGCAGCCUGCUGUUCCCUCACAUUGAUUUCAUUACCAUAUUGCCAAAGGAAGAGCUUGGAGAGAGGGAGGUCUAUUUGGCAGUACUUGCUGGGAUACACUCGAAGUCACUUGUACCUGUGUACAUUAAAGUGAGGCCUCAGGUCGGGAGUGCACCCAGCAGCCCUAGCACACGAGCACUGACCUGUCCCUUCUGCUUUGGCACCUUUGUGACCACAGAGGCAUAUGAAAUCCACUUGAAGGAGAGGCAUCACAUCAUGCCAACAGUGCAUACAAUUUUAAAGUCUCCUGCUUUCAAGUGUAUCCACUGCUGUGGGGUUUACACGGGAAACAUGACACUGGCAGCUAUCGCUGUGCACCUGCUGCGGUGCAGAAGUGCUCCUAAGGAUAGCAGCUCAGACCUUCACGUGCAGCCCAGCUUCAUCGAAAACAGUGAACUGCUGUUAGUCAACGGGGAGGUGAUACCUGACUCUACUUUUUCUGUAAAGAGAAAGCUGACCGAUGGCCAUUCUGGGGCUGAAGACCACAGGGGUGGGGAGGAGCAGCCGCUCAUCAUAAAUGCUGACCUAGCUCCAGUUUCAGAGAAAACGGGGAAUGCUGUGCCCUUUAAAAGACACAAGAAUGACAGCAGGGCAGAGGGCGUGCUGGCUAAUGACGAUACUCUCCAGAUUUUAGCAUUAAAUCCUAAAAAGCUUGAAGACCGUUCUUAUGAAGAAAAAAAGCAGUUUCUUAGAGAUUAUUUCCACAAGAGACCAUAUCCUAGUAAAAAGGAAAUAGAACUGUUAUCCUCACUCUUAUGGGUGUGGAAAAUCGAUGUGGCUUCAUUUUUUGGAAAAAGAAGAUACAUUUGCAUGAAAGCAAUAAAAAAUCACAAGCCUUCUGUGCUUUUAGGCUUUGACAUGUCUGAACUUAAAAACGUUAAGCACAAAUUGAACUUUGAGUCUGAACCACAAAACUUGUAGAAAAAAAAUCUGGACUAUUAGGUCAUUAGCAGUUUUUUUCAAUUGAAGUUCAAAAUAUGUUAUUUUCUUUACUCUUGUUGAACUCUGAAUUUCAGUGGUCUUUAUACUGCUCUUUAGAUUUAUUUCAGGUGCUCAGAAAGACUACUAUCUAAGGAAGCAAAUAGUUCUUUCAAAUUUAUUGUUUCCUGAAGUUUGCUUUUGUAACAGUUAUUUCUAGUGUUUUCUUCUGUCAUGUAAAUUAAAUCUUUUGAUACUUCUUGCAUGUCUUGUUUUCUCAGUAGUGUCAGUAUCAUAUGAUAAAAGCUUAAAUCCAUAAAGGCUAUUUGUUUUGUCAUUUAAGGAAAUCUUAGCUUGUUUUGGAAUACAGUACUUGAUUAAUUACUAAUUAAGGAAUUGCUCUUCUUCAGUUAACUUCACAUAUAGCAGCAAAUGAUAACAGUGUUCAGAGAUGUGGAUACAGAUAACCUGAGAUGUAAAUGGUUUCUUCAGGCUGCACUGCAUUAACUUAUACUGAUUUCUUCUUUGUAAAAUAUUCACAAUAGAUUAUAAUUUUGACUUCACCUUUUUCAGAUUUGUCAUAACAGGUAUUUUUUAUUAUAACUCAUAGAAAACCAAAUGUUUUCCUUUGUUGAUAUACUGAACAUGAAGUCUGGUAUGUAGCUCAUAUAUCAAAAGAGUUAUUUUACAAAUAAAGUAAUUCUGUAGGUGCAGAAAUACUUUUCAGUGUAGAAUUUUUUCCUCUUUUUGAUAAGGUGAUAAGUAAUUUCUCCAUUUAAAAAUAUGAGUAAAUCUUAGUGCCUUUAGAAAAAACAUUUUAAAAAUACAAAAAUAAAAAACUCUUCGCCUGACUACUCAUAAAUGAGUGAAAGGGAAAGACCAUGUUACUCAGGAAUAAAUUUCUUACCCCUGAGUGUGGUUACUAAUUGAAAUUUAAACCCAGCUUUUCAGGGGACAAAGUGAAGUGAGUACACCAAAAGCUAACUCUCCAUGAUCAGCAUAUUAAAUCUUUGACGAAGUUUCCUAGAGGGCAACAUAUUAGUAUUGGGGAAUUGGGCUUUCCUGUGCCCUGGCUAUCUGGGAUAGUGGGAUGAUCUGGGAUAGGGAACCUCCAUGAUUUAACUGUCCUGUGGAUAGUUAAACCUAGUUUCUCCUGCAGAAUAUAAAAUAAGAAAGCCCCAGAACCACAGAUGGAGACUGUUUAGUUCUAUUGCUGGUGAUACACAGCAGGGGAACCUGUCUUAUAGUCGUUAGUAGAUAUUUUUGGAGGGUGUGACAUAUCUUCUGGGAAAUAUGUUACUAUAUGGACUUCAAAAAAUAUAUAUAGUAUUUGCAUGCCGUGGCUAUAGUGUGCAUUUUCGAGGCAAUUGUGAAACUGGUCUGUGAUUGUCAGUGUUGUAAAUUCAAAAUGAGAGCUUGUUAAACUUUAUUAUUUUUUACCCGUUGUUUCAGAGUGUCUAUUUUGAAUUAAAACUUGGUAUCCUACUGCAAAUAGACCUGUUUAAUUCUUUUAACAGUUAAAAAUGUUACUGUAUCAUAGGAAUAAUUGAAACAUGGAAAUAGAUACAUUUAUUUUCUAAAAUACAUUACUUGACUUGGAAAAGUCAACAUAACCCAAAAAAUUAAUUCCCAGGGUCACAACAUUUGUGUGCUUAGAAAAUCCUGAGGUGUGCCCCAAGGUACUGGAGAAGUCCUGUCCGCAGGAUGUCCGUGUGGGGGACUGGCUUUCACGGUGGCUCUCUCCAGUGUGACAGGUAACAAGGAGGCCACACUGGAGGCCCUGGUGUACUGCCCGGUACAGUUGAUUCUAUGGUCCUGUCAGUCGUGGCUUCUCGAUUCGGCGCUGUUGAUGGUGGAGGUGGUUGAGCAGCGUCCCUGGCCUCUACCCACCAGGUGUCAGGAGCAUCCCUCUCCUGCCACGAUCCAAACCAUCUCCACGUGGCCCCACGUGAGGACUACUGGCAUAUAGGUCUUCUGAUUUCCAGUUGCUUUUAGCUGUAGUACAACUUUCAGUGCUGAGUCUUUAUGUUAUGCUAGUU